AUGAGAAGAGAAGGAGAAGGCAUAGAAGAGAGAAAUAAAGAAUACAUACUAUACUAUAAAGGUGAAACGGCAGGCCUAUAUGGAACUGGAUUUCUAGUGAAAAGGAGACUUCUAGCGGAGAUCGAAGAGUUCAUAGGGAUUUCAGAAAGAAUAUCAAUGCUAAAUGUAAGACUACCCACUGGAAACAAAAAGGAACAAUGGUCAAUCAUCCAGGUAUACGCACCAACAGAACCAGUAAAGAACGAGGACAUGCACAAGAUUGAAUCAUUCUACAGUAAUCUACAAUCCACCAUAACGCAGGCACAUUCCAAUCUUAUAGUUAUGGGUGACUUUAAUGGAAAAGUAGGUACAUCCAAAACAGGAGAAGAGAAGAUCAUUGGAAGAUUUGGUCAUGGACAUAGAAGUAAAAAUGGUCAAUCACUGGUAAACUUAGCGACUGAAAAUAAACUGUCCGUUAUGAACAGUUUUUUCAAAAAAAGAAAUUCAAGGAAAUGGACCUGGAUCUCACCUUGUGGAAGAUACACGAACGAAAUAGACUAUAUAAUGACAAAUAAAAAAGAUAGGAUCAAGGAUGUUACUGUAAUAAAUAACCUGAACUUCAAUACAGACCAUAGAAUGGUUCGUGCAAUAUUGGAAGGAAACCCAGUAAAGAAAACAAGAAAAACCUAUAGUAAGAGACCUGAAUCAUACAUCACCAAUAAAAAUCUGGAAACCUUCACGAUAAAUUUCAAAAACGCACUGGAAAACGAGAUGGAUAAAUCCAACAGUAAGAAUAUAGAAGAAAUCUACAAUAAAUUCACAACUACCUUAAAAAACGAGAUCGACAGAACCAAAUCAAUGCCAAAAGAAAAAAGGAUAUCUACACACACCCAAGAUUUACUACAACAACGGAAAGAACUACUGAAGGAUAAAAAAUCUAAUACAAAACAAAUCACGGAAAUAAGCAAGAAAAUCAAUGAAAAUAUAAAGAAGGAUAACAAAGUAAGAAGAAACGAUGUCAUCAAAUAUCAUAUUGAAAAAACAGGAGGAAUAAAGAAGGCUUAUAAGAAGCUGUCAGACAAAACAGAAUGGAUGCCAAAUCUAAAGAACAAACAGGGAAUAUGCACAGGGAACAGGAAGGCAAUUCUCGACAUUGCAACAGAGUUCUACAAAACACUUUACACAGGCAUGGACGGCAACAACGAAUACCAACCAAAAAACUUAAAUU